CUGGCACACACACAGUGUGGUGGGAACCUUUUUUAACGUGACCCAGAAUCUUGUAUUUUUUUCAUCACUCAGCAUGUUGAAUUUGUGGUGACGUGAACAAGAGGACAGCUGAUCCAGGAUUUAAUAUGCUUGAAAACUUAUCUACUGAUGUCCUACUGGACCAAUGUCUUUCAGGAAAUCGCAUUAGUUUCUGAUUGUUGUUGCUAGUUUGUGGAUUUCCUCAAACAUGUGGGAAAGAGUGGAGUUCACGGAAAUCACUUUGGAAGACCCCAGGAGAGAGGACAGUAAGACUGAUUUCAUUAACCCAGCCUACCAGCCAGACUACGGAAGUGAAGACCAGGGGGAUCAGGGAACCGGAAACUACUUGAAAACUAACCUGCAGAAUGAAUCAGUACACGGUUCCUGGGAAACACUUGUUGGAAGAGCUGGUGCAUGCCCAGGUCCAAUGUGGCUCUUAGUUAUAGUAUUGGCUGUAAUUCUGACCGUGACUGUUGGAGGGAGUUUGAUCACCUUCACCAUCCAACUGGUUAUUCAGAAAUCAACAAAUAAUCACUCUGGGGAGAUGGCUGAUGUGCCCAACAACGGUAACAAGACUCCUGUCAGCUUCUUUACAGCCUCUCCCAUUGCUACUGCUUCCAGCUCUGAGAAUAUAGUCCUGCUCACUCCUGGUAUUUCAGCAACACAAACUUCAAUGUCGUCACCACUGUGCGGUGGGAUCCUUCGAAACCCUGAGGGUUCGUUCUCUACCCCUCGCUACCCAGCACAAUACCCUGCAAACUUGAUAUGUGUUUGGUGGAUCUUGGUGGAACCAGGGUACGUGAUCCAGUUUAAAGUCGACUCCUUGAACAUCGAGGGGCAGUCACCUUGCCAUUUUGACCGCCUGGAUCUUCAUGAAGAAGAAGAAAACGGGUUUCAUACGCAUCAGAUAGCGAGGUUGUGCGGGAACGUUGCGCCUCCUACUGUCAAUACCAACACCAGCAGGCUCAAAGUUUCUUUCGUGUCGGACUCGAGUGUUGGGGGACGGGGCUUUAUUGCGCGAUACUGGAUGAUCGCACCGAGUGAGAAUUGCGGAGGGGUUCUGACUGCUCUGGAAGGAUAUCUGGCCACUCCCAAACACCCUGAGCAGUAUCCACACAGGCAGAUGUGUGUGUGGCACAUCUCAGUUCCUCAGGGUCAUGUGAUCCAGUUGUUAUUUCACAACUUCAGCCUGGAGGCUGCUGCAGACUGUCGAUAUGACUUUGUGGAGGUACAUGACCAAGCCAGCAGUAGUCCCAGCACACUGAUGGGCAGAUACUGUGGGGACUCCCUCCCUCCAACUCUGACGUCCCCCCAACAUGAGAUGUUGGUUCUUUUUGUGGCUGAUGAGGGACAAUCAGAUGUGGGGUUCUUUGCCACCUAUCAGGCUGUCAACAAGAGUGAAGUGGCAUGCAGUCCUCAUGAGUUCAGCUGUAUAAAUGGGCAGUGUGAAGCGAUGCAGUGGGUGUGUGAUGGCUGGAGUGACUGCUCAGACGGGAGUGACGAGAUGAACUGCACUAAUGUCACACAUCUGCCUUAUGAAACUGCCUGUGAGAAGAUUGAGGUGGAGAUGUGUCAAGGACUCAGUUAUAAUGAAACUUCAUUCCCUAAUAUCUGGCUUGGAAUUCCAGAUCAGAAAAGUGCUAUUUCUACCCUGAAGGACUACAAGCUCCUGACGGGCUUGGUUUGCUAUGAGAAUCUUCGCCUGCUGACUUGCAGCAUCUUUGUGCCCAAAUGCACAUGGGAUGGCGGUGUCGUACCACCUUGCCAGUCUCUCUGUCUAUCCGCUGAGAAACAAUGCCAGCAUUCACUGGAGUCUCUAGGCAUAAUGUGGCCUUUUAACUGCAACCUUUUUCCGGAUUCUGAUGACCCCAUUGAAUGCGUGAGACCUUAGAUGAAAAUAUAACACCCUAAUCCAAUCCAUACCGACAUCCAUUUUGGCUCCAGAAAGAGAAAUUGUUUUAACUGCAACUCAAUAACACAACGUUUGGGAGACCACAUGGACAAGUUUCGUUAAAUGCUAACUACACAUUUCUUUGUUAAAGUAAAGAACUCUGAAAUUUUUUAAAGUCCCUUCCAUGUGAAGUUUUAUUCUAUCUUUGCCAAGACAAAGACCCUUGACUAUCUGAGUGGCCUUAAGGUUGGAGAUAGAUGAAUGUGAGGCUGGAUUAUCACAGCUACUGUAAAUUGGGAAUACUUGUGUUGGAACAAUAAUUUUUGUUUCAAGGCAGUGCAAACUACAGCAAAAGAGUUUUCAGAAAGCCAAUUAUUAUCCAAAACAAGGACAUAUUUUGCAGUUAUGAAGACUCUGAGAUGGAAUUUGUAAUAUGUUGUUAAAACACAGGUGAAGGUGGGGCUUACCAUGGUGGCCUAUGCCAGUUUGUGCUAGGCUCCCAGACUGUGAUAUCCUAACAUCCACAAAGACCUUUACUCUGUGAUCUCCCAUCAUUUUUGGAUCCCAUGGCGAUCACAGAAAAAAAAUCUAUGGUUGUGGUGUGUGGGUAAAUAUGAUUGGUGAGAAAGACUGGGGUGGGAAAAUGAUCACGGGGAGGGAGGUGAAUUGAUACCUCAAGGAUGUAAAUGGAAUUAGUUUGGAAUUAUCUCAUCUGACUGGGUGCUGUGGGUUUUUCCCAGUCCCUGUAUAAACUGUUUACUUUGAACAUUUUAUAUCCCCAAAACUUUCUGAUAGAAAAAAAAUGCUGAUCAAGCCUAUACACACACCUUCUUGGCCAAGUGAUAUCCCAUAUAUUUUAUGAUUUUAACUUGCAUAGAGUGCAAAGCCAGCAUAAUUGUCUCCCAAAAGGUGCCUUACAUUAAAAUCGCCUCUUGUGUGUCAUUCAGAACCCUGAAAUCAACUGCCCCCAAAAUUCAGCUGAUGACUGCACAACGUAGUCCAGCACCAAGCCACACAGACCAGGGAGGUUCUGGGUUUGAUGCAAAACCUGUACAAAGUCAGCUAAUGAAGAGUGAUAACUUAUCUUUAGUUAUGUAAGGAGUCAGCUUUGUCAGGAGACAAUAGAAGAAAAUUGUGGAAAAUGGUGAACUGAAAGAUAGCUUGACAAAGACUACUUUUAACACCAAAUAAUAUUCAGUAAAAAUUAGCUGUGUGACAUAUAAUUUUACCAAUUUGUAUAACUGAUUCAAUUUAAGUAUAUAAAUGAAUUUUAUUUUAGUGGGGUUCAGUUACUGUCCAUUUUGACAUCCCUUGUACUGUCAAAUAAGUAGAAUAAAAUAAUUUAGAAAGUACUUACAUUUAUAUGAAAAUCAAGAAACUACAGAUGAUGGAAUUCUGAAACAAAGACCUGAAAGGUCUUCAGUCUGAAACCUUAACUCUGAUUUUCCACAGAUGCUCUCUGACCUGCUGUUUCCAGCAUUUUCUGUGUUUGUCUUGCAUUUAUGUAGG